AUGGAUGCCUUCGCUACUCUCUUCUCCACCGUCUUCCCCUCGACCAACGUCGAUGACAUCACCAACACCCCCACGCCCUCCGUCCCAGUCGAGGAGGAGACCGGAGGCGGCAGAGGCACCGGUGCUUACUGCCAUCAGGUUAUGCUGAGCUCGUUCGAGCUCGGCUUGCGAUACCCAUUUCCAACCCGCAUCACAUUCAAUCAUCCAUCUGCAUCUGUACACAUACUCAGCAACAUCAUCGACAUCAGCAUCGUCAUGAAGGAGGAGAGGAGAACAUACAAACAACCGGCAUUGUUUUAG